UCAGACAGCUUGGCUUCGGGUCACGGGUCUUUGGGCAAAGUUACCCGGCAUGAAGAACGUGCCAAGAAUUGCAAAUUGGCGUGACUUGAUUUAUUUCUCUUUCUGGAAGCAUAGGCCUACACGGCCAUAGGCACAGAGGCCUUUCUCCUUUUUUGUGUCCUAGUGCUUUGCAGUCCGAACUUUGAAUGUGAGCUCGAGUUCAUAAGAACAGCCUCAGUUGCAGCUGUUUUGGUGCCACGUGGCGUCUUUCAGAGUCCCAUUCGAUCGAGCAUGGUCUUCCUCCCCGAGGAUGCGGAUGUGAGGCUGACAAACCUCCGCUUAGACGAUCCGGAGCUUCGACGAGAAGCAGUGCGAUCGUUGCAACAGGAGCGACGCUUUCUGGCGCGCUACCGGAAAAGUGGAGACCUUUCGCUGGUCCGGAAAUGGGCACGGAGCUCAGCAAAGCUGGGUGCGUCAUGGCAGACGGAGGAGCAGCCACAGAUCCAGGAGAAGCAAGGUCUCGGACAUGAGCUGCGGGCUGCCUUUCUGGAUUUGCGCCUUGAGGCAAAGCGUGCACUUGAGGCCAAGGAGAAGCGGAAGGAGGAGCACAAGGAUCGCAUUGGCCGUGUCAAACGACACCAAGAUGUGGCCAUUCUUUCCUCAGAUGAGGAGGCAGACUUGCUGUUGCAAACGCCUCCCCCGCGACCAGCCAGAGAGGUCUUCAGUGAAGAGAAGACCAUUGCAAUUGCAUGUGAGGCCGUGAGUGACGCGCCUGCGCACAUUCGGUUUGCUGCGAAGGCAGGUCUUGACAACAUCCGCAUCAUUGACUGAGAGAGGCCAACAAGGACCACGAUUUGGUCACGGUCCCAUCCAGGGAGCAUCAGGGAGCUGUUGACUC